AUGGCUGGUGCAAAGAACGCAUUGCUUGUGCCAUCCUCUGAGAGAAGAGCUUUAAACUUCGAAGCUGCAAUGUCUGUUGCCAGUGUAGCUCUUAGUCCUGUUUAUGACGACUACUGGAACUUCCCGGGCCGUGUUUCGGGUCAACACGGCCCAUGGUCAAAUGAUUCGAUUUUAAUCUACUUAACAGUAGGUGGCUCAGUGAUUCCCAUGCGAGUCCUCGAGUCUGACUCCAUUUCUUCAGUUAAACUCCGUAUCCAGAAGUGCAAAGGCUUUUUUGCCAAAAAGCAAAAACUCGUUUUUGAAGGUAAAGAAUUGGCUAGAAACAGUUCUCGUGUUCGGGACUAUGGCGUGGCUGAUGGUAAAGUAUUGCAUCUCGUCCUGAGAUUUUCUGAUCUGCAAUCAAUCACCGUCCGAACAGUUUGCGGCAAGGAAUUCGAGUUUCAAGUCCAGAGAAAAAGUAAUGUCGGGCACGUGAAACGACAGAUUGCUGAGAAGGGUGAUGACUUUUUCAACCUUAAAGAUCAAGAACUGUUCUGUGAUGGUGAGGAGCUUGAUGAUCAGAGGAUCAUAGACGAUUUGUGCAGGAGCAACGAUGCAGUUAUUCAUUUCCUCGUUCGUAAAUCGGCAAAACUCCGAGCCGUGCCCAUCGAGAAAGAUUUUGAGGUGUCGAUAAUUGCAUUAGAUGCAGAAAACGAGGCAGACAUUAAAACUUGGGCUGGGAAAGGCCCAAUUAUUGCUGUUCCUCGGCGAAAGGAUUUUCUGCUCGAGCCGCUGAACAUCAACCCGAAGGUCAUUAUGUCUCCGGUGCUUAAGAAACUAAUCGACGACACUUCUCGCGGGCUGGAAAUGGGCUACCGGCCCGUUAGGUCGUCCGAGGGCUCUGGAGGUGCUUAUUUCAUGCAAGACUCGUCCGGUCAGAACUAUGUUUCGGUUUUCAAGCCGAUUGACGAGGAGCCAAUGGCUGUAAAUAAUCCACGUGGACUGCCUUUGUCCACCGAUGGUGAGGGAUUGAAGAGAGGAACACGUGUUGGGGAAGGGGCAAUACGGGAAGUUGCUGCUUAUAUUCUUGAUUACUCGUUUGGGGACGAGAGAUGUUUUUCAGGGGUCCCACCCACGGUAAUUGUGAAAUGCCAGCAUGAAGGAUUUUACUACUCGGAAGGUUUUAACGGUGGCAGGUCGGGUAAGUUUGGUUCGCUUCAGAUGUUUGUGAAGAACUGCGGUAGCUGUGAGGAUGUGGGCCCACGUGAUUUCCCUGUGUCUGAGGUGCACAAGAUAUGUGUGCUGGAUAUAAGGUUGGCAAAUGCGGAUAGGCAUGCGGGGAAUAUUCUGAUUUGUAAGGAUGGCGAGGAUGGUCGGAUGAAUCUUAUCCCUAUUGAUCAUGGUUACUGCCUGCCUGAGAAUUUUGAAGACUGCACGUUCGAGUGGCUCUACUGGCCACAGUCCCGGAAGCCUUUCUCCCCAGACGAGGUCUCCUACAUAAACUCCCUAGAUGCUGAAAAAGACAUCCAACUCCUCAAGUUCCACGGAUGGAACAUUCCGGAAGAAUGCGAGCGCGUUCUACGGAUUUCCACCAUGCUUCUGAAGAAAGGUGCGAGUAGAGGGCUCACACCCUACGAAAUCGGGAGCAUCAUGUGCCGGGAGACCGUGAAGAAAGAAUCCAUAAUUGAGAAAAUUGUUAAAGAGGCAGAGGAAUCUGUUUUACCUGGUACAGGUGAAUCAGCUUUUCUCGAGUCUAUUUCAACCGUCAUGGAUCGUUACCUAAACUGCCUUUCGGGUUAA